AUGGCCGGUGCUCUUACAGACCCGACGCUGGCUCCGGUGGCCUUCGGACGGCGCGCCGUGCCGCAGCUGUUCGGGGAUCUUCUUCAGCCGGAGACCCGCACGAGGCUCCGGGCUCUGGGGUCCCUCUGCGACCUGAUCCACGACCCGGAGCGGAUCUACCAGACCGCCAACGGGGGCUUUCUGGACCAGCUGGUAGUUUUGUUUAAAGAUGAAGAUUCUUCAGUCAGAACAAAAACAUGUGAGCUGCUUCACCUGCUGACGUCCCACAGCAUCGGCAGACAGGCCCUGCUGGCCUCCUGCCUCCUGCCUCCUCUGUCUCAGCUGCUGGACGACUCCUCGUCCUCCUGCAGGAGGAGCGUCCACUGCGUGCUAAGCCGCCUUGCUCUGCUGCCUGCAGGGGCCGCAGCUCUGCUGAGCCUGGUUCCUAAACUGAUGCUGAAGCUCAGAGAGCAUGAGGAGCAUGAGGAGGAGCAUGAGGAGGAGGUGCUGCUCCUCUCCACCAUCGGCUCCUGCUCCAGGCUGGACGCUCUGCCCGCUCUGGCUUCUGACGGCGUCUCGCUGCUGGGACGCAAACUGUCCCACCGCUCCCCGAACAUCCGCAGGGAGGCGGCUGGAGCUCUGAUGGCCCUCAGUGUGUGUGAGGACGGCAGACGGCAGGUGUGUGAGGAGGCGCUACUUCCUGUCCUGGUCGAGCUGCUGCAGGACGAAGACGUGGAGGUUCAGGCCAACGCCGCCGGAGUCAUCAUGUACACCGGGAUCAUCACCGCAGGUAAGCAGCGGUGUCUUGACCUGAACGUCAUCCCCGUUCUUCUGGACCUGGUGUCCAGAGAGAAGCAGGAGGAGGAGGAGGAGAGGAGGAGGAGAAAGGCCCUGGUCAUGUACUCCCUGAGGGCUCUGUCAUCGCUGGCGGAGGCUCCAGCCGGCCGCCGCCUCCUGCUGGAGCAGCUUCCCCUGCUGGUGAGGAGGAGCGAGGCAGCAGAGGAGGACCAGGACGUCCGGCGGGCCGCUCAGACCGCCGUCAGGGUCGUUACCUGGACUCCCUGAGACCUCCAGAACAGAGCCCCAAUAAACAAUGAUUAUUAUUCAUUGAUUAUGUAUUCUUAGUUAACUACCUGCCUCUGUUGCAUCGUGGGAAUUCAUUGAUUAAAAUAUGUCUUUUA